CUUUACUGAUGGCCUGUCUGGAGAAGACAUUGCCCCUCCAUGUGCUCUCCUGAUUCAUGUCCAGGUGGGCUUUGGCUUUCCUAAAGCCUGGCAAACAUCCCCUCCAGAGCAAAGGGCAUCAAGGGGAAGAGAGCUGGAGCAUUGGCACAGCCUGGCUGCCUGGACAUGCUGCAGCUCAUGACCCUUGCAGAGAACAGAGAGAGAGGGAAAAGAGAGAAGCAAGUGAAAAGUCCAUAAAAAGCAGAUUAUUUGGAUGCCCUCUGACAUGUGCAGUGUGAGACAAGGACUUUUCCUGCAAGGGGUGCUGCAAAGAGCUGCUUUUCAUUGCCCUAAAGAGACAUUCCCAGCCUUCAUCUAGCACUUGGGUCAUGUGCCCUUGCUGACAUGGUUCUGCCUGGGAUAUCCUUUGUUUCUCAUCACAGAACAUGAAAGGAUCCUGCAAUGCAGGGCAGGAAUGUUGGAAAUGAGGAAAUUAAAUGGCAGCGUAGAUGGAAACAAAAUGUGAAUCGCUGCCCCUAUAAGGGAUAUUUUCCUUUGAAGAUGAGUCUGUUCAAAAAUUACCACCCUUGUGCAGGACUAUGGGCCUGGGGCAAUGCACGAUCUGUAUAAAAGGAGGCUCUUCUCCCCAUUCUCACAUCCACUCCUCUCACCUCCAUCUCCUUGGAACAAGGUGCACCUGCAGCCCCAAGCCAUGUCCUGCUACCCCCGGUGCCAGCCCUGCCAGCCUUGUGGGCCCACCCCUCUGGGCAGCAGCUGCAAUGAGCCCUGUGUCAGGCAGUGCCAGGACUCCACCGUGUUCAUCCAGCCCUCGCCCGUGGUGGUGACCCUGCCUGGGCCCAUCCUCAGCUCCUUCCCCCAGAACACCGCCGUGGGAUCCUCCAGCUCUGCUGCUGUUGGCAGCAUCCUCAGCUCUCAGGGAGUGCCCAUCAGCUCUGGGGGCUUUGGCCUCUCUGGCCUGGGCAGUGGCAUCUGUGGCCUCCCCUGCUGA